AUGGCGCGACUCUGGACAAGCUUGAAAGCAAAGGUCAGCACGAUCAGAAAGCCCCGCGCGCGAUCACCCCUAACGAGCCAGACCGCUCCCGAUCAUCUUCGCGUCAACGAUGCGCGCAGCGCAUGCGAGACGACAGAAACAAGCAGGGAGCUUCUCGGUCCCGACGAACACGAUAUCGAGGCCAUCGACAGCGCUAAGGCGCGGAGAAGGUCUCAACUCAUAGAUGAGCUGGAGGCAGACCGUGAUCGAUUGCAAGAGGACAGCUAUCUAUUCGGCUCCGUUGCUCAUCGCCCAAGUAACAUUCACCGAUCCGGAGGGAUGUAUCUGGUCCGGGGCGAAGAGAGUGACUCAAAGAAGUCAUUUGCCGAAGCUUUGCAACGAGAGAACAAAGCUCUGAGGAAUGACCUUCGCCUUCAGCAACAGACCAUCAAUCAGCGCAACGCAGAGAUCGAACGCCUACAAGUACAAAAUUCCGAGAUCAAGGCCGAGGUGUUUCUACAACAGGUCGCCAGCAAUCAGCAAGGCGUUGCGCUGGAACAACAUCAAAUUGCUACCGAGCAGAUGAACGCCGAGCUUCGCGCAGCGCAUGGCCAGAUUCGAACCCUCACCAGACAACUCAGCUUCGCCGGCGCUACCAACGUUGUAACGAGGAACGAAACCAUGUCGCUACUGCGCCAAGCCAAGAAUCGCGAGAGACUGCUCGAGGAGGCCAAUGAAGAGCUCCUGCAAACCAAUCGCCGCAGCGCUGAGCUCCAGCGCAGCAACGCUCACCUGCGCACCGAGUUUGAGGAGAUCUACUCGCAACACGUGCUUUUCAUGUCACAUUUCGAGCAGAUCGAAGAGGAUGAAUCUCAAGAAAGCAAAGAUGCAACUCCCGAACAAGCUCCGUCCAGCGAGGCAAUCCCACCCCUGGACACGACAGCGAGCUGA